UACGGAGCAAGGGAUCUUCUUGCACUUGACUGGAGGCCCUUCAGAAAUACACAGGGUAAAAUUGAUGCCAAAAAGGAACCCGCGAAAAGUACAGACGGAAGCUGUUGUUCACUAUAUAUCUCUGCCUGUCUUGGGAUCUCAAACCUGAACAACAACAACAUCCCAAUUAACACAUGACAGUUCAUGUUGCUUAGUGGGAUCUAUGGACGGCUUUGUUCUGGGUUAAGCCGGACUUAUGUCCGUCGAACGACUGGGGCACUGACAACUGAGGAAGUCUCGAUGGAGGUAUCACCGGUUGCCAUAGCCCUCCUUCUUGGUUGCCACAUCCUCAGGGCUCUUUCCGCAAUGGCUUCGCAAUCCAUACGUACCUUUGCUCUGUCAAGGCUGUCAUUCCGCUUCCUAUCAUCAACCCUCAGCUGUUUUCUUAGCUUUUUCGCGCUGUUUCGGUAGCGAUUAUAUCGCCUACGCCUCCAUCAUUACCUUGGCCCUGCACCGAUCAAUGGAUGCCCCAAAGAUCACCCCUACAAACCCUUUCAGAGCCCGCCAAACUACGGUGGCACCCAACGAGCCGACUGGGCCAAAUGAGGCGAAUGUGACUUAUGAAGCAAAGGCUACCCUUAUUACCAACGCGCAGGAGAAGAUGUCCUCUAUGACUGACGCCGACGAUGACGACAGAGAAGAGAAUAUUGACGACCUGAUCGAGGAAUUGGCGUUUCUAGAUGGCGGACAUCCUACUCACACCAACCGAAAGAGCAUCGAAUCAGCGAAAACUUGCAACCCCAAUCCCGGGUUUGAUACGGACAUUACGACUGGUCUGAGUUCUGAGGAGGCUACCAUCCGUCGCAAGAAGUAUGGACCCAACCAAUUGAAGGAAGCGAAAGAGAAUCUUUACCUAAAAUUCCUGAGUUUCUUUGUCGGUCCUGUUCAGUUCGUUAUGGAGGGCGCGGCAAUCUUGGCAAUUGGUCUCAGAGACUGGGUCGAUUUCGGUGUUAUUUGCGCUCUUCUUUUACUCAACGCGACAGUGGGUUUUGUACAGGAAUAUCAGGCUGGAUCGAUUGUGGAGGAACUGAAAAAGUCCUUGGCUCUCAAAGCCAUUGUGGUACGAGACAAGCAAGUUGUCGAGAUUGAUGCAACGGAAGUAGUGCCAGGAGAUGUUUUGAAGAUUGAAGAGGGAACUAUUGUUUCCGCCGAUGGCCGAGUCAAAACGAACCGACUACUUCAAGUGGACCAGUCAUCAGUCACGGGAGAAUCACUGGCCGUCAAUAAACUCAAGGAUGAAAUCUGCUUUGCAUCUUCCGUAGUCAAGCGUGGCGAUGCGCUCUUGGUCAUUACCGCCACGGGUGACGAUACCUUCAUGGGCAAAACAGCGGCGCUGGUCAAUACUGCGUCCGCGGGCACUGGUCACUUUACCGAAGUCCUUAACCGAAUCGGCGCCGCUCUCCUCGUUCUAGUUGUGUUCACCCUUAUCAUUGUUUGGGUUUCGUCGUUUUACCGUUCGAAUAAUAUCAUCACCAUUCUCGAAUUCACACUGGCCAUUACCAUGAUUGGUGUCCCAGUUGGUCUGCCCGCUGUGGUAACCACAACGAUGGCUGUAGGGGCUGCUUUCCUAGCGCGAAGAGAGGCUAUCGUGCAGAGACUAUCCGCUAUUGAGUCUCUCGCAGGGGUCGAAAUACUCUGCACCGACAAGACUGGGACCUUGACGAAGAACAAAUUAACGCUUUCAGAUCCAUACACCGUCACUGGAGUGGACCCUGAUGAUCUUAUGCUGACUGCUUGCUUAGCGGCGUCAAGAAAGUUGAAGGGCAUGGACCCCAUCGACAGAGCGUUCAUCAAGGCUCUUCCCAAUUAUCCUCGCGCCAAAGAGGCUCUUACGCAGUACAAAGUGCAAGAAUUCCACCCCUUUGACCCAGUUUCCAAGAAGGUUACCGCCGUAGUUCUGUCUCCGGAAGGCCAGGAAAUAAUCUGCGUGAAGGGCGCCCCUCUCUGGGUUUUGAAGACUGUGAAAGAGGACCAGCGGAUCCCCGAGAGUGUUGAAGAGGAAUAUAUCAGCAGGAUGAAUGGUUUCGCACAUCGCGGCUUCCGCUCUCUCGGCGUUGCUCGGAAGUAUCGAGAUGGGCAUUGGGAGAUUCUUGGAAUAGUGCCAUGCUCAGACCCUCCGCGAGACGACACUGCGGCAACUAUCAACGAGGCGAAGACACUGGGCUUGUCAAUUAAAAUGCUUACCGGCGACGCUGUUGGAAUUGCUCGGGAGACUUCCCGUCAACUAGGACUAGGCACUAACGUCUACAACGCCGAGGGGCUAGGCUUGGGAGGUGGUGGUACUAUGUCUGGGUCGGAGGUUUACGACUUUGUUGAAGGCGCCGACGGAUUUGCGGAGGUCUGGCCUGAACAUAAAUACAAUGUUGUGGAAAUUCUGCAGCAGCGCGGAUAUCUGGUCGCAAUGACAGGAGAUGGUGUCAAUGAUGCACCGUCCCUCAAGAAAGCUGAUACAGGAAUCGCUGUGGAAGGGUCUUCCGACGCUGCUCGAUCCGCGGCUGAUAUUGUCUUUCUUGCUCCAGGCUUAUCGGCCAUCGUUGACGCUUUGAAGACUUCUCGUCAGAUCUUUCAUCGUAUGCAUGCGUAUGUGAUCUACCGCAUUGCACUCUCCCUACAUCUUGAGAUAUUCCUCGGCUUGUGGAUCGCGAUAAUGAACGAGAGUCUGAACCUACAGCUAGUGGUUUUCAUCGCCAUAUUCGCAGAUAUCGCUACUCUGGCAAUAGCCUAUGACAACGCUCCGUACUCGCAGUCUCCAGUAAAAUGGAAUCUUCCGAAGCUUUGGGGCUUGUCCGUGGUUCUGGGUAUUGUCCUCGCUGUGGGGACGUGGAUUGCGCUUACCACCAUGAUCAAUGCUGGUGAGCAUGCGGGAAUCGUGCAGAAUUACGGCAAACGCGACGAGGUUCUCUUUCUCGAAAUAUCUCUCACCGAGAACUGGUUGAUUUUCAUUACCCGAGCCAAUGGCCCCUUCUGGUCCUCCCUGCCUUCGUGGCAGCUGGCAGCAGCAAUUCUCGUCGUGGAUCUGGUUGCAAGCUUCUUCUGCUACUUUGGUUGGUUCGUGGGUGGCCAGACUUCCAUUGUUGCCAUCGUUCGAAUCUGGGUAUUUUCAUUUGGGGUGUUUUGUAUCAUGGGAGGGUUGUACUUCCUGUUGCAACGUUCUAGGGCCUUUGAUGAUAUCAUGCAUGGGAGAUUCCCGAGAAGACGCGAAAUCGUGGCUCAACGCCCACUGGAAGACUUCUUAGUGGCUAUGCAAAGGGUCUCGUGCCAACAUGAACAGCAUGAACAACGAGAAAAGGGCUUGCACGAGUUUGAGACCGGAACUACCAUCAAGAGGAACAGCUGCCCGCGACUCACAUUGACGAGGCCGAUAUCCGAUGAUCCGCCCACAGAGAGGUGAUUUGGGAGUUUUGUAUCGUUACUUGCGCCAUUCUUCGAGGCUUUCAUGGAACUUAUUAGGGUAAGAAUUCCUAAAACUAAGCCUAGGCUUUGCAAUAUAGAAUAAUCGGAUGGUAGUUUUCUAGCCAAUGAACACG